UUGUCAAGUUAAUAACAAACAGGUCGCUGUUGAAAGAAAUCUGCGAGAGCAAAUCAAGAAGAAAAAAACUAGUGGCGUGCGAAAAAAGUUCAACUAAUUAUUAGCUGAUUUGAAGUAUCAGGUACCGAACGGAAUCCAGGAAUGACGUCGAUGAUGUUGACAGAAGAUGGCAACAACGAUCGCGAGCUGCAGCAGGAAAAAUACCUACGCGACCUUACCAAGACAUUCACCGGAAUCGAGAAACCUCUUAAAAAUGCCCCCAAGUGUCAGACACUAUCCGAGCUUAUCAGCGAGCUGCACAAAACGUUCGCUGCAGACCACGUGAACAUUGAGUACGUUAAUCAUCUGAUGCUGAGCUACGAAUCUAAUCCAGCAGAUUGGCGGAAGUUUGCAAAGUUCGAUCGAUUCAGGUACACCCGCAAUCUAGUAGAUGAAGGAAACGGAAAGUUUAACCUGAUGAUUCUCUGUUGGAACGAAGGUCACGCUUCAGCUAUUCACGAUCAUGCCGAUUCGCACUGCUUCAUGAAAAUGCUCAGAGGGUCCCUGUGCGAGGUGAGAUAUGCCUGGCCAAAAGAUGCGACUGUUAAUGAGGAUGACAAGGCAGAUAUCGCUAAUGGAAACAGUUUAGAAGAAAAUGAGUACACUAGUGAUGAACUAGAGGAAAUUUCCCGCACAACUCUCGAGAAGAACGGUGUUUGCUACAUAAACGAUACCUUAGGGCUACAUCGUGUUGAAAAUCCUAGCCACUCGGAUGUGGCCGUUUCGUUGCAUCUGUAUUGUCCUCCGUUUGACACGUGUUCGAUUUUCAACAAGCAAACAGGCAAGCGAACUAAAUGUAAGGUUACAUUCUGGAGCAAGUAUGGCAAGCGAGAGCAACAGGACAUAUAAAAUAUUUCUCAGCACUGAAGCCUUAUUCUCAGACUGUGAAGCUUAAAAAGCAAUAGAAAAACGUAUGAGAUUUCUCAUGUUUUACCAUUUCAACCCUUAACACAUAGAUUUUUAGUUAUAUGACAUAUGUUAACUCCAAUUAAUCAGCAAAUCUUAUGUAUUUUACAAUAUCGACAUAUUAUUUCAUAUUUUUGCAUAAAAUAUAAAAUAUAUAUAUAUAUAUUUUAUUGCUGAGUCAGCAAUGGUUUUUCUACCAAGAAAAUAAAAUACAUAAAGAAAAUGGUUCUUUUUGUUCUAAAGUAUUUAUCACAAUCGAAGAGUGAAAUACAAUCUCAACAUCUAAGUUUAUUACGAAUGUUGCGUAACUAAAAUUCAACUUUAAAUUUACGUCUAAAAGCAACCGUGGAGGCAUGUUUAUCAUUUCUAUAAUACAUUAAGGCAAAUCAGUUUGAAUGCUCAAUAAACAAACUUAGCAUUCGGGUUCCAUGUAAGGGUAAACUGUUUUAGUUUGAUAUAAGUUAAAGUAAACAAUAUAAAUACAAUUUGUUACUUAUUUUCUGUCA